AUGAUAAGGGAGGCCCACAUAGCCUUCCUCAUCUUGGCUCUGGCAACCGCCACCGCUUUUGCCUUUGACCCAAGUCCUCUUCAGGACUUCUGUGUGGCCAUCAAUGACCCCAAAGGUUGGAUAUUUGUGAAUGGGAAGCUCUGCAAGGAUCAAAACAAGUCACAGCAGAUGAUUUUCUUCAAGGGGUUCAGAUACCCAGGGAAUACGGCAACCACUGGAUCAAAAGUCACACCUGCUUUCGUGAGACCAAUUUGCAGACUCAACACUUUGGGCAUUUCCAUGGCUCGUAUUGAUUUCGCUCCGGGUGUGAAUCCUCCCCACACUCACCGUGGGACCGAGAUUCUGGUUGUUACUGAGGGCACACUGCUUGUCGGCUUGUCACGCCUAACCACUAACAACACCUUCUUCACCAAAGUGUUGUACAAAGGGGAUGUGUUUGUGUUCCCUGGUCUCAUCCACUUCCAGCUGAACAUUGAAAGACUCCCUGCAUUGGCCUUUGCUGCUCUGAGCAGCCAGAACUCCGGACUGAUUACCAUUGCUAAUGCCGUGUUCGAUCAAAGCCACCCAUUUCGGCUGAUGUUCUCACCCAAGGCCUUCCAAGUGGAUAAGAAGAUUGCUGACUACCUUCAAGCGCAGUUUUGGUAUGACAACAACUAA